UCCCGUGUUUCCUAUGUCCAUGGUUUCUUCUAACCUAUAAAUUGAUCACGUGCGUACAAGUAAAGAGAGACAGGGAAAUUGUGCAAAGAAAAUAAAUUGUUUUUAAAAAAUGGGGAAAAAGAGGAAAGAUCGCGAAGAAAGCAACGAAUAUGAAUUUGAUCCUGCUCCAAAACAUCUCCAAGUAGCUCAUAUGAAAGAUCAGGAGAAACGACUCAUCGUAAUACUGGAAAAUGCCCAGUUAGAGUCUGUCAAAGUAAGGUUAUGUUUGGUUGGUAAUAAUUUUCAACUUCUAAACUGCGAUGAUCACGCUGGUAUUUUAAAAAAAGAUAAACGCGAGCCUGGUAAAAGUAGACCUGACAUAACGCAUCAAUGUCUGCUAAUGUUGAUGGAUAGUCCUUUAAACAGAGCCGGUUUAUUACAAGUCUAUAUUAAAACAGAAAAGAAUGUCUUGAUAGAAGUGAAUCCGCAAACCAGAAUUCCCAGGACGUUCAAGAGAUUCGCAGGUCUCAUGGUGCAACUCCUACACAAAUUCUGUGUUCGUGCAUCUAAUAGUCCAAUGAAAUUAUUAAAAGUUAUAAAAAAUCCUGUGACGAAUCAUCUUCCAGUAGGAUGCAGAAAAAUUGCAAUGUCUUUCAGUGCAAAAGAGGUCAAAAAUCCACGGGAUCUUGUCCCUAGCGAUGACCCUAUUGCUAUUGUAAUAGGAGCAAUGGCUCAUGGACAGGUGAAAACAGACUACACAGAAGAAACUGUUUCGAUAAGCAAUUAUCCACUCUCUGCUGCCGUGACGUGUAGUAAAUUAUGUUCAGGAUUCGAGGAAGUAUGGGGAAUUAUAUAAUUUAUUUCUAUUUUUAUGGCAGUUGUUUUUUAGGAUUAAGGAAUUUUUAGAAAUAAAAAUAUGUAUAAUCAUGAGCACAGA